GUGCGGGGCGGGGCGGGACGAGCGCGAGCGGAGCCGGGAGCUGCCGGGCGGAGCCGAGCGGAGCCGAGCCGAGCUGCGAGGUGCCGGGGAGAGGCAGGCAGAGCCUGCACGCGCCUCCUCACCCAUCGUGCUGCGUUUCCCGGCUCGGUGUCCCCCCUGCCUUUGCCCAGUCACCGGCAAAACUUUUAUUGUCUCGGGGACCACCCCCCCUGGAUGUGUGACGAAAUCGCAACGCUCUGCUGUCUGGUCCCCAAGCUCGCCUGCAGCGGCGAUCGAGGGAACGUGCAACCCUCGCCGCCGGGCUCUUGCGCCCUGCGCUUCCUCACCUGCCGAUCGCUCCCGGGAACCGCGAGGGGGGACCCCCAAAGGAACCGCGCGGGCAUCGGCACCCCGAAAUCCUGUUCACCGUUGCGGACGGGCUCGGUGCAACUUUAACUUGAUUCCUGUCGCCCACCCGGGGCACCCGCGGCGGCCGCCGCCGCCGCCGUCGCUGCGGUCUCACAAAGAGCGCGGGGAGGGAAGGCGGCGCGGGCGGCGGGCACGGGCCUCCGGGCUGCCCAGACAAAAGGGAAACUGCCAUCGUUCUGCACGACUGUUCCGAGCCGCCGUGGGUUCACCCUAUCGGCCCGGGCUGCCUCUCCACCUUGGUCCCGGCGGGCUGUGCCCGCAGUACUCGGACCCCGCGAGCUGCGGGGCGCACGUCGCUGCUGCUGGUCCGGGCUCUAGGGAUAAUAAAUGAUAGAGGAUACAAUGACUUUGCUGUCUCUGCUGGGUCGCAUCAUGCGCUACUUCUUACUGAGACCCGAGACGCUUUUCCUGCUGUGCAUCAGCUUGGCUCUGUGGAGUUACUUCUUCCACACGGACGAAGUGAAGACCAUCGUCAAGUCUAGCCGGGACGCGGUGAAGAUAGUGAAGGGCAAGGUGGCCGAGAUUAUGCAGAACGAUCGUCUUGGAGGACUUGAUGUGCUGGAGGCUGAGUUUUCUAAGACCUGGGAAUUCAAGAGCCAUAAUGUGGCGGUGUACUCCAUCCAGGGCCGGAGAGACCACAUGGAAGAUCGCUUCGAAGUUCUCACGGAUCUGGCCAACAAGACGCACCCGUCCAUCUUCGGAAUCUUUGAUGGGCACGGCGGCGAGACUGCAGCGGAAUAUGUAAAAUCUCGACUCCCAGAGGCUCUUAAGCAGCACCUUCAGGAUUACGAGAAGGACAAGGAAAACAGUGUUCUGACUUACCAGACCAUCCUCGAGCAGCAGAUCUUGUCAAUUGACCGAGAAAUGCUGGAAAAGUUGACAGUAUCCUACGAUGAAGCAGGCACAACGUGUUUGAUCGCUCUACUCUCGGAUAAAGACCUCACCGUGGCCAAUGUUGGUGACUCUCGAGGAGUCUUGUGUGACAAAGAUGGCAAUGCCAUUCCCUUGUCUCACGAUCACAAGCCUUAUCAGCUGAAGGAAAGGAAGAGGAUAAAGAGAGCUGGUGGGUUCAUCAGCUUUAAUGGCUCCUGGAGGGUCCAGGGAAUCCUAGCCAUGUCUCGAUCGCUGGGAGAUUAUCCACUGAAAAAUCUCAACGUGGUCAUCCCAGACCCAGACAUCUUGACCUUUGACCUGGACAAGCUGCAGCCCGAGUUCAUGAUCUUGGCAUCAGAUGGCCUGUGGGAUGCUUUCAGCAAUGAAGAAGCAGUUCGAUUCAUCAAAGAGCGCUUGGAUGAGCCGCACUUUGGGGCCAAAAGCAUUGUCCUGCAGUCCUUUUACAGAGGCUGCCCUGACAACAUUACUGUCAUGGUGGUGAAGUUCAGGAAUAGCAGCAAAACAGAAGAGCAGUGAGCCCUGCAGGAUCUCAGAUGCCCUAAACUAGAGGACUCUCAACACACUGUUCUCCUCAUGUAGUAAAGUCGUGGGAAUUAUAAUUAGGAUCAUGCAUCCCAACACAGAACCCCCUUCCCCGAUGGCCUUGAAUCCUUUUGAAGUGCUGAGCAGAGGGUUCCCCAGCUGACAUCGCAGAGAGGCUGCUAAGUUUGUGUUCCCCCAGCCCUUCUAUCAGUGUUUGAAAUGCAUACGUAGGUAGCCACAAAUCCCACAUAUGAGGCAAAAGAAAGACAGGCCAUGUAUUUCCCUUCUUAAUGUACUUUUCAUGAUCUCUUUCGUGGUCCUUCAGGGACCUGACUUGUCCUCUCUGGACCUGGGCAGGGCAAGCCGGUGAUGCCAACACAUCACCAUGAUGAUGGUGGCUGUGCCCUCUGCCUCAAAGAAAUUUCCUCAGAAAUGCUCUCCCUUCUGAGCUUUGGCCUUUGGUACUCCAGCAGCCUGGAAGGAGACAGGCAGCACUUUGUAAUUUGUUGCCUGCUUCUAGAGGUUGAGGGAUAGAAAGUCAGUGCAGCUUCCUGCACGCCUCCCGCCUUCCCCUUCCCCCCUUCAUCAUUAGCUCAAUAGAGUCAGGAUGCAGUUAACCAGCCCUUAUGCCUCUCCUCAUGGAGUGUAACCUCACCAUAUGCUCACAACCUCACAAUGCAUCAAAGGCAGCCACUGAGUUCACCAUGAGACAUGAGUUUUUGCCUCCCCUUACCAAGAACUCACAGAAAGGGCCAGAAGCAGGGUGGAGAGCACAUCACAGUACAGUAUGCCCUUCCAUCUUCAAGGAGGAAUAAGGCUGGGGCAAUUCUCAAUGCCCCUUUGAGAAUCGCUAUCUGCAUUGGAGAGGAAGGUGAAAGUCCUGGGAUCACCAGCUCACACUCACCAGCUGCUGGCUGGGUUCUGCACAGCCCUUCCCAAGCCCAUCCAGCCCAGUAACUCUCAUGUCUUUCAGAUAGUGUUGGGAGAAACAGCAGCCUAGAAUCACCCACCGGCGCUGUUUCCAGCCACCACUGCAAGUCGGUAUUUGGAGGCAAACUACUGGUACAUGCUUCCUGGCAAGAGAAAGAGCUUUCAUGUUCGAUUACAAAUCUCUGCCCAUACCCAGGCAAAUAUGAACUGUCUCCUGUGACCUGGAGGGAAAAACAGCAGACUGGCUUUUGGGGCCCUGUGUGCACUGGUGGCAGAGCUGGGUGGGAAUUCAAGCAAGAACCCUCAGAGAUCAGCAGCAGAGUUAUUUGAGGGCCUAGAAUACUGCUCUUUCCUUCCUAACACCAAAGUUGUGGGUUUUUUUUUCCCCCAGUCUCUGUACUUUGUAAGUUAAUUUAUAGGACAUAUUAGGUUGUCCUUUUUGACUGAUUGAACCAGCCCCAAAGAGCCAAGAUUUUCAUUUGCAGAGUACACCAGAGCCUGCCUUGUUUUGUCCUCUCAGAGAGGGUGUUUGUCAGCAUGGCUUCUCAAGCCCUGCUCUUUAGCCAUCCCUACCCCACUGCCCAGCCCUCUGUCCUUCAGCUGCAGAGAUUGCCCGAAGCCCAGCCUGGGGAAUGAAAGACUUGGACUUUGCAAACUGUCUCGAUUCCUCCAGGAACUUGCUUUCCUUUGACUGCAUCAAGAAUUAAUAAUGGCUUCCCAGGAAAUUCACUUACUUUUGUAUCUUGUGUUUCCAACAUUGGAAUUAGGGUCUUUUCUGCUUCUCAGAAUGUUUUAGUACACAAUUGCAUUCUAUCAUGUUAGACUGAAGCAUUGGCCUGUGGAGAGACAUGGGCUGAUGGAUGUGUUUUAUGGGUCAAGUGGAAGGAGAACGGGGGAGACAGAUGUGGGUUUAACCAGUGAUGGGAUGAGCUUGUUGACUUAGGAUGUUCUUACGCUAGCGUGCCCGAAGCCCUUCUUCUAACUAAAGGUCCGGACUAGACAGCCUCAGAAUCAACUUCUCUUUUUUUGUUAUUUGUUUAACACAAAAGUUUAUAACAAGAGGGAAAAAAAAUCGAGACACAAACAUUUGGGUGAAGAAAAAAAGAAAGCUACCAAGUUAGUCCAUUGGAAUUCCUUGAGCAAACAGGGUUUCUGAACCAGCAUUGCUGGCGACAGUAGCUACAAAACCUUCUAGCUGAGGUUUAUAGAUAUAUCCUGUAAAGUUUGCUUUGGAGAAGUAAUGUAUUUAACCAAAUAGGAAAAAAAAAAA